AUGAGCAGCACAGAUGUCAACGGAACCACGGCGAAAAGCCCGAAAAAUUCAUCGAAACAGGAGCACAAGCAGCAUGUACCGCAUCUAGCGGAAGAUCCAAGUCGGCACACAUUUUUAAAGGUAGCGCCCAGUCUGUUCACGGCAGCAAAGCUGCCGUUGUUCGACAGUCUGGAUCUAUACACAACGCUGAUUCGCAGCAGUGAGGCGUUGGAGCAAGGGGAACGGCUGCGCAAUUUGAGUUGGCGGAUCAUGAACAAGGCGCUUCUGAAGGAUCACGAACUCAACAAGUCCAAGAAACGCGACGGCGUGAAGAACCUGUAUCGCGUAAUCAAUCCAGCGCAGAACGGACAUCUCCAAGAACGUGAACAUCCCAAGAAAUCCGUAGAGAAAUUGCAGCCGCUGCAGAUCAUGAGUGCGAUGAAGGGCGUUUCUGGCGGAUCGCGAACGCCAGUAGAACCACGGGUUAGCCAUCAGUGUCCUGUCCUCAAUCACCAAAAUCACCAUCCUCAACACCAUCAGCACCACCACCACCACCACCAUCAUCAUCAACACCACCACCAUCCUCAUCAAAAUAUUCAUCACCAAAAUCAAUCUCCAAGCGGUCAGGUUCCGGCUAGAGUCACAAGCGAUUUGCAGGCCAAACGCGGCGUGCACAAGCCGCACGAACUGCCACUUGCUCGCCCGCAAUACAGUCAGGGAAACGUGCGUUUCACUCUAGGUUCAGACGGUGGGUCCCGACUAGCAUCUCCAGAGCCCGUCCAACAGCCUCCGGUGGGUGUUUCGGACUCGCAAGCAUCACUCGUCAAGAAAGGAGAUUCAGUCGCAUCGCUCACUGGCACUCUAGCCGGCGUCCCUGAAGUUUCGGACAGCCAACGGCUCAAAAAUUCUAGCAAGCGAUCUUUACAACAACCUCCUUCCGCCGGCAGCUUGUUUGCGACCAGAGCCGUCGACAAAUCGGCCGGUCAAAGUGCAAUGGACGUGGCAGACCAUAAGCCUAAAUCACUUUUCGGCCCACCAGUGUCGCAACCCAAAUCUGGCACUCACGCUUCGCACGACCGAGCCUUUUACAGUAGUGACGAAGACGAGUCCGAUUGGAACUCGCUUUCGGACGACUCAGAACUUUACGAUGAGGAAGAAGAUGAACGGUACUAUCAAAAACAAUGGGAUAAACUUAUGUUCUCUCGAAACGAUGCCUCUCGGGGAACCCACAGUAGCCGGGGGACGUCGUCGCCGGGCUCCGAUAAACAAGAUCCCAAAAGAAGCCUGCUUAGCGGGCUAUUUCUUAACGAGAUGGCGAAGAAAUCGGCACCACCUAUCAUGAGUUCUUUGAGCGUGCAGCACCCCACGCUGGAAAAGAGUAGCGUCACAGCUGUUGGCGACGUUACACCUUCAAGCUCUUGGAAGGGGCUCUCUGCGAUGAGUGAGGCCAUGAUACACGAUAAAGCACCCAUACACUCCCACGCGCACGCGCACACGCAUCAGCCCAAGGCUGCGGGCUAUCUUUCAAACCGGCGAGGCAGCUUUAGCAGCAUAAUAUCCGAUUCCACGCGACAACGAUACAAGCACGAAUCGAACGCGCCUCCGACGGCGCAGACCAUUUUGCCCACCGCCUUGUCCACACAUAUGUUUUUGCCCAAUAACGUCCAUCAACAACGAAUGGCUAAAUCCUCGUUGUCGUCGUCAUCUGCAUCUUCGAAACCGGGUCCUCUGAAAAGACGCGAAUCCAUGGAUAUUCCUUCCAAAAACAGCACUAAUUCGUUUCUGAAAACUCGAAUGGAGCUCUCCGAAGAGCAGUAUUUCGCCAGGGCACAUAACGGACGAUGA